UAUUCUGCCCCGCAGAAUUUUUGCAUCUUGGAAUUAGGCAGCUGCAAUCGCCUCUUCGGGGAAGUUCAUCAGAUUCACCGCUGCUCGGAGCGGUCCUUUCUUUUCCAUUGGAGCGGGGAGAGUGCUGCCAUGACGGCCCCUGCUCAGCCCAAGAAAAUCGUGGCCCCUACGGUGUCCCAGAUCAACGCAGAGUUCGUGACCCAGUUAGCAUGUAAAUAUUGGGCACCCCAUAUCAAGAAAAAGUCACCCUUUGAUAUAAAGGUGAUUGAAGAUAUAUAUGAGAAAGAAAUUGUCAAAUCAAGGUUUGCUAUCCGAAAGAUAAUGCUCUUGGAAUUUAGCCAGUAUCUUGAAAAUUACCUCUGGAUGAAUUAUUCUCCAGAAGUGUCCAGCAAAGCCUAUUUAAUGUCAAUCUGCUGUAUGGUGAAUGAAAAAUUCAGAGAAAAUGUGCCUGCAUGGGAGACUUUUAAGAAGAAGCCAGAUCACUUCCCAUUCUUUUUCAAGUGCAUCUUGAAAGCAGCAUUAGCUGAAACUGAUGGUGAAUUUUCACUCCAUGAACAGACAGUCUUACUGCUUUUUCUUGACCACUGCUUCAAUAGUUUGGAAGUAGACUUGAUACGGAGUCAAGUACAGCAGCUUAUCUCUCUCCCAAUGUGGAUGGGCUUACAGCCUGCACGAUUGGAAUUAGAAUUAAAAAAGACACCUAAGCUAAGAAAAUUCUGGAACUUGAUUAAAAAGAAUGAUGAAAAGAUGGAUCCAGAAGCAAGAGAACAAGCCUAUCAAGAAAGAAGAUUUCUUUCACAACUUAUCCAGAAGUUUAUCUCUGUGCUGAAAUCAGUCCCACUUUCUGAUCCUGUCACUAUGGACAAAGUUCAUUACUGUGAAAGAUUUAUUGAACUUAUGAUUGAUCUAGAGGCCCUACUCCCCACAAGACGCUGGUUUAAUACCAUCCUGGAUGACUCCCACGUUUUGGUUCACUGUUACCUUUCCAAUCUUGUUCGUAGAGAAGAGGAUGGCCAUCUUUUUUCCCAGCUUUUGGACAUGCUUAAGUUCUAUACUGGUUUUGAGAUUAAUGACCAGACUGGAAACGCUCUGACAGAGAAUGAGAUGACAACUAUUCACUAUGAUAGAAUUACUUCUCUCCAGCGAGCUGCUUUUGCACAUUUCCCUGAACUCUAUGAUUUUGCUCUCUCAAAUGUGGCAGAAGUAGAUACUCGGGAAUCCUUGGUCAAGUUUUUUGGACCUCUUAGUUCCAAUACCCUCCACCAGGUGGCAUCAUACCUCUGCUUGUUACCAACCCUUCCUAAAGCUGAAGACACGACUUUUGAUAAAGAAUUUCUUCUAGAAUUGUUGGUAUCUCGUCAUGAGCGUCGAAUUUCUCAGAUUCAGCAGUUGAACCAGAUGCCUUUGUAUCCAACUGAGAAGAUCAUAUGGGAUGAAAAUAUUGUCCCAACUGAAUACUAUUCUGGGGAAGGUUGUCUUGCUCUUCCCAAGUUGAAUUUGCAGUUUUUGACUCUUCAUGACUACCUCCUAAGGAACUUCAAUCUCUUCCGCUUAGAAUCAACUUAUGAAAUUAGGCAGGACAUCGAGGAUAGUGUCAGCAGAAUGAAGCCAUGGCAAUCAGAGUAUGGCGGUGUAGUGUUUGGUGGUUGGGCACGAAUGGCCCAGCCCAUUGUGGCAUUCACUGUGGUUGAGGUUGCCAAACCUAACAUAGGUGAAAACUGGCCAACCCGAGUUCGUGCGGAUGUUACCAUCAAUCUGAAUGUCAGAGAUCACAUCAAAGAUGAGUGGGAAGGGCUUCGGAAGCAUGAUGUAUGCUUUUUAAUUACUGUGCGUCCCACAAAACCUUAUGGUACCAAGUUUGACCGAAGAAGACCUUUUAUUGAGCAGGUUGGCCUAGUUUAUGUCAGAGGCUGUGAAAUCCAGGGCAUGCUAGAUGAUAAAGGGCGUGUCAUUGAAGACGGACCUGAACCCAGACCCAGUCUUAGAGGAGAAUCAAGGACUUUUAGAGUGUUUUUGGAUCCAAAUCAGUAUCAACAAGAUAUGACCAAUACUAUACAAAAUGGAGCAGAAGAUGUGUAUGAAACUUUCAAUGUAAUAAUGAGAAGAAAACCAAAGGAAAAUAACUUUAAGGCCGUGCUGGAGACUAUCCGGAACCUGAUGAAUACUGAUUGUGUGGUACCUGACUGGCUGCAUGACAUCAUUUUAGGUUAUGGGGAUCCAAGCAGUGCACAUUAUUCCAAAAUGCCCAAUCAGAUUGCCACCCUUGAUUUCAAUGAUACAUUUCUCUCCAUUGAACAUUUAAAAACCAGCUUUCCUGGUCAUAAUGUUAAAGUAACUGUGGAUGACCCAGCUCUACAGAUACCCCCUUUCAGGAUAACUUUUCCAGUAAGAAGUGGAAAGGGGAAGAAGCGGAAGGAUGUAGACGGGGAAGACGGAGACACUGAGGAGGCCAAAACUUUAAUUGUUGAACCUCAUGUUAUUCCUAAUAGAGGUCCUUAUCCUUACAACCAACCCAAACGUAAUACAAUUCAGUUCACUCAUACACAGAUAGAGGCCAUCCGUGCUGGAAUGCAGCCUGGGCUAACUAUGGUUGUGGGCCCACCAGGUACAGGAAAAACAGAUGUGGCUGUUCAAAUUAUAUCCAACAUCUACCACAAUUUCCCAGAGCAGAGGACUCUGAUUGUUACUCAUUCCAAUCAGGCCCUGAACCAGUUGUUUGAGAAAAUCAUGGCUUUAGACAUUGACGAGCGCCACCUCCUGCGUCUUGGUCAUGGAGAAGAAGAGCUGGAGACAGAGAAAGAUUUCAGCAGGUAUGGAAGAGUUAAUUAUGUCCUAGCUCGAAGAAUAGAACUUUUAGAAGAAGUCAAACGAUUGCAGAAGAGUCUAGGGGUUCCAGGAGAUGCUUCAUACACUUGUGAAACUGCGGGCUAUUUCUUCUUGUAUCAGGUAAUGUCUCGCUGGGAAGAGUAUAUCAGCAAAGUGAAAAACAAAAGUAACACGAUGCCAGAUGUUACUGAAGUCUCUGCUUUCUUCCCUUUUCAUGAGUACUUUGCAAAUGCCCCUCAACCCAUUUUUAAAGGCCGAUCUUAUGAAGAAGACAUGGAAAUUGCUGAAGGAUGUUUCAGGCAUAUUAAGAAAAUCUUUACUCAGCUUGAGGAAUUCAGAGCCUCUGAACUGCUUCGAAGUGGACUAGACAGAUCUAAAUACCUUUUGGUGAAAGAAGCCAAAAUCAUUGCUAUGACCUGUACUCAUGCUGCCUUAAAACGACAUGAUUUAGUCAAGUUAGGUUUCAAGUAUGACAACAUUUUAAUGGAGGAAGCUGCUCAGAUUCUGGAGAUAGAAACCUUUAUACCUCUUCUUCUACAGAAUCCUCAGGAUGGUUUUAGCCGACUGAAACGCUGGAUUAUGAUUGGUGAUCAUCACCAGUUACCUCCAGUCAUUAAGAACAUGGCCUUUCAGAAGUAUUCAAACAUGGAGCAGUCCCUCUUCACUCGCUUUGUCAGGGUUGGAGUUCCUACUGUGGACCUUGAUGCCCAGGGGAGGGCCAGAGCAAGCUUGUGCAACCUCUACAACUGGCGGUAUAAGAACCUAGGAAACUUACCCCACGUGCAGCUCUUGCCGGAGUUCAGUACAGCCAAUGCUGGCCUGCUCUAUGACUUCCAGCUCAUUAAUGUUGAAGAUUUUCAGGGAGUUGGAGAAUCUGAGCCUAAUCCUUACUUUUAUCAGAAUCUUGGAGAGGCAGAAUACGUAGUGGCACUUUUUAUGUACAUGUGCUUACUUGGCUACCCUGCUGACAAGAUUAGCAUUCUGACAACAUAUAAUGGACAAAAACAUCUUAUUCGUGACAUCAUCAACAGACGAUGCGGGAGCAAUCCAUUGAUUGGAAGACCGAAUAAGGUGACAACUGUUGACAGAUUUCAAGGUCAACAGAACGACUACAUUCUUCUGUCUUUAGUACGAACCAGGGCCGUGGGCCAUCUGAGGGAUGUCCGUCGCUUAGUAGUUGCCAUGUCUAGAGCCAGACUUGGACUUUAUAUCUUCGCCAGAGUAUCCCUCUUCCAAAAUUGUUUUGAACUAACUCCAGCUUUCAGCCAGCUCACAGCCCGCCCACUUCAUUUGCAUAUAAUUCCAACAGAACCUUUCCCAACCAGUAGAAAGAAUGGAGAGAGACCAUCCCAUGAAGUACAGAUAAUAAAGAAUAUGCCCCAGAUGGCAAACUUUGUAUACAAUAUGUAUAUGCAUUUGAUACAGACCACACAUCAUUAUCAUCAGACUUUAUUACAGCUACCACCUGCUAUGGUAGAAGAAAGUGAGGAAGUUCAAAGUCAGGAAACAGAAUUGGAAACAGAAGAAGAGGCCGUGCCUGCUCAAGCUGACGUUGUACCUGAUAAAGCAACAGAUGCCAGCUCCAGUCAGGAAACCUCAGCCUCUGAGACUGAAACCACCCCCAAUCAGACAGCCAGCUCCAGUCCAGAGGCUAUCCCUGCUGAGUCUGAGAUCCCUGGGACAGGACGGGUAACUGUACCAGCGGAGAAUAACACCCCUCACGAUGUCACAUCCACUCCUGGAGAAACCGAGUAGCCAAGCUGUAGCCCUUCUUAGAGAUGACAUUUCAUUAACAAAGUCAUAGGUGCUACACCAUUAACAUUUGAAUUGCUAACUGAAUGGCAUUGGAUUAGUCUGGUGAAGACGGAGCCAAAAUUCAUCAUUCAGCUAAGCAAGAAAAAUCUCGCAAAUCCAUCUGGGCAGGAGCAAAGGUCCAGGGUCCAGGCAGUGAAAAUCAGUGAACUUAAUUAACUCCUGUAUUCAUGAUGGAUUUCUCCCAACACAGAAAUUCUGAGUUUUCUGUCUUGUUUAGUUCUCCUGAUAGAUAGCCAGCUACAAGGAGACCUCAAGGUAAAACGUACUUCAGAUUGGGAAAGCAGCUAUACUAGGACCUUGCUACUCAAGUGUGCUUUGCAAAUCAGCAGCAUCAGUGUUGCGCUGAAAUUUGUUAGAAAUGCGAAAGUUUGGGCUGUAGCCCAGGUCUGCUGAAUCUCAGUCCACAUUACCACAGAGUCCCUUGGUGAUUCAUCUGCACUUGGUAGUUUGAGAAGCACUGUACUGAGAUUACUGUGCUGUCCUCACAUGAACCAGAGGUAGAAUAGUGAUUCUGUGGUGAUAGAAUUUACAGUGAGUGUGACUUAUGUUUUCUGACAGUGAACCUGUACUUACAAGGUCCCUGGGUACGGUGACCAGAGAAGAGAUGGAUGUGUAUGUGGGGAGGGUGAGAUUGCCCACUGGUUCUCUUCCCCCUUUCCGCGUCUGCUGGGGUGGCUAAGGGACACAUUUCCGCUGAGUUCUCCUCCAGUGUAUCUACCUUGAGGCCUGACCGUGCCCAGCAAAGUUUUGAAGAAUUAAGGAAGAAUUGGCACAGUGCCAGUGAAAUGCUUCUCUGGUCUUCACAUUUCAAAGGAAUGAAUUCGUCAGGAAAUUAAACCCAGAAAGUCAAGUCCCUGAUAUUUUUGAGUAACUAGUGUUAACUUUACCAUCUAUGGUGGGUAUAAUUUAGACUCUCAUCUUGAUGCUUCCCGCAGCAUCAACAAUUGUGUAAAGAUUGGAUGGGCCGGGGGAAAAUGAAAGUGAUAGGAUAAUGAGGAGAGUGAAAUGCCAAGGAAACUAAACUCAGAAAUCCACCUCUGUUUGUUAGCAGAGCCAGCAUGGCACCAAAUGGUCUGUUACAUAAUUUCUCUGGGUAUAAGAAUUUGAAAGCAGGUGUUGUGGGCCUCACCUAGCAUGAGGACUACUCUCAGAAUUAUUUUCAUUUGUGAAUAUAUAGUAUCAGGCUAAGCAAGAGGGAAAGCAGCUUUACCAUAUUACUGUCUUUCCUAGAAAAGAUUGAUUUUUCCCUCUAGCCUUUAGAGGAUAUGAAUCAUGGUACCUGAAACCAAAAUAAGCGAACUGUUGUGCUGUCUUUCCUUAAAUAAAGCAUUUCCCUAAGACUGGAUAUUACUCCGUCUAACUCGGUGGCUGAACUUAUUUAUCUGCCACCUGAUUUUUAUCACUAAAAAGAAAAUUUUAACUGGAAGGUAAAUAAUUUCUUUGCCUUCGUCAAAUUAAGAAAGGGAUGAUGAAAGUGGGACUUGAAUUAUUUUAAAUUGUUUGUUCACUUUCGGCCACUGAAUUGCAGUUGACUAUAAAAUUGUGGAAUUUUUAAAGGAACUUAAGAGAGCUUUUCUUAUUUUAAUUAAUGAGGAAACUGAAUCAAAGGUUCUUAACCAGGGUCACAACCAUGGGAGACUGGGGUAGAAUCCAAUUUAUAGACUAGGGCAGUUUUUUGCUUUUUUUUUUUUAAGUCAACCACACAUGAGUACUUGCUUCAUAAAUGUAAGUUUUCUAUUUAACUUGCAGUUACUACAGACACAGGUAUUUUCGCCAGGUGACCAUUUCAGGUUAAUGUUCCCAUUGCUCUGCAUCCUGUUUUUCAUAUCUGAAUAUGUCAUGAUUUUGGAGUUUAUUUUUAAAAGCAAACCAAAAAGACACAUGCCAAGAGAAAUAGCAUGAAAUGAAGCAAUUCAAGUAUUUAGACUUUUUCCCACAAAAUGCUGAGUUAAGAAAGUUCAUUACCAGCAGUUGAGAAUAAAUAGCUGUAUUGAUUUGGGCAAGUGAGUGGAAAGAUCUAAAUAUUAUCAGUUCCCUUGAAGUUAGUAUGAUGAUAAAAGAUAUUUUGCUAGAUACUGAGAGAAAUAGUACAAAUGGACCAUUUGUGCACCUAUAAAAAAUGAAGUUUUUUAUGAUCAGGAGACAGCAUGAUAUUGUAAAACAGACUUUGGAUUCAUCCAGUCCUGCCUGACUUAAAUUUUACUUCAUUUGCUCAUCAGUAUUUGGUCUGACCUUGACAAGUAUUAUAACCUCUCUAAGUCCCAGUUUUGUGAUCUACAAAAUGGGGGAAAGAUCCGUUUGUUUGUUAAUAGGGUAAUUCUUGCGAAAAUAUCUGGCACCUGGCUGCUCAGUAAAUACCGGUACCCACCCCACCCCACCUCCACCCUCCAUUUUCCUCCAGAUCUUUUAUUACCAAAUAAUUCUCUGACUCGAGCACCUAGCUAUGCCCCUAUCCAGGGAGCGUGGAGGACGAUGAAGAAGGCCAAACAUGGUGGCAGUUGACAUUUGAGAUCAAGGGUCAAAUUUACUGAUUCAGAACCUUGAAAUCAGCCCAUAACAACAUUGAGGAAGGUCUCUGCUGAAAUUAAAAUAUCUGGCAGAUGAAGAGGCGAGGUAUCAUCGUGCUUGGGUUGUACUGAUAACAUCAGUUCUGUAUCCUGUAUCCCCCACCCCAAGUUCAUCUAUAUUAUUGCACUUAUCUAGCUUUAAUAUGCUUUUUCCUUUUCCUCUUGCAGUCACUCAUAUAGUGUUUUAGAGACGUUUCUUCAAUUAAAAUAAGAUUAAACAGAUUAAAAAAAAAAAAACGACCCUUUUGCACACGCCAGAAGAGCUGUUAAAAACAGGCAGUGCUUUGCUUCCUGUGAAAAAUGCUUGGCAGUUAGCCUUUGUAAUUAUGAAGCAGUCAUGUUAAUAGAUGUUUAAGAAUGAUAACAACUGGAGCUGUACUGAGCCAGUGAUGGAAAUGAGCAUGUGAGACUGUUUUUUCUUUAUCCAUUGCUACUCUUGAGUGCCCAAGAAAAGUUUCUAAUUCAGCAGUAUCCAAAAGCUUUGGACAUUUCUUCCUUCAUAGAGACAAACCCCAGCUCAGCCCUCUGGAGCAUGACUCAGAAUGCAGCACAGUUGCUGCGCAGACUGACAGCUUUAUUGCUGGCUCUGCCUUUUGGUUUCCAUUUAGCUUCACUGCCUACUUAAACUUUUGCACUUACAUAUAAAGAUGGCCGAUCCCAGUAUUUCUCAACAUAUGUUACAAAAACCACUCAUCUGAAAGAAUACUUGGGAAAAGACAUGUUCCAUGGUCAAAUAAGUUUGAGGAACAUAAUUAAUUCUUACUCCCCAUUUGUAGACUAAUAGUACAUUUUUAGUUAAUGAAAGGUGAUUUCCUGCUGAAAAAAAUCAAGUUAACUUUAUUUAAUCUAGCAUUUCUCAAAUGUAUUUGACAUUGGAAGUCUUUCUUUCUUUUUCUUCUUCAAAGUAAAACAUUCUAGGGAACUGGUUCCGAGGUUUGAUAUUUUUACAUUAGCAAAUGAACUUUGAUUCCCCCUUAGACAACUAGGAGGAUAAGAAUAUAUAAGCCCCAAAUAUGCUGCUUUGGCAAAAGGAAUAUUUUGAGCUGAAGGCAGUUGAGAAGAUGGAGAUACAGGAAGUUUUCUCAGUUCUUUUGCUUCUGCCUGAAAGCAGAGCAUGAAUUUCCCUUUGUAAAGAUGUCCCCUCUCUCCUGAACUAGGAAGAAAACACCCCUUAUUACUAUACACAGAGAUGAUACUGAAAUGAGUCUGCAUAAACCUUACUAAAAUAACUCACCCUUAUCUUCCAUUAAUUUCCUCAUAUAUUUACUUUCCCACAAUUUACCACCCCUAAAAACCCGAACUCCUUUUUUUGCCUUAUUUACUUUUCCAUAAUUUAUUAUCUUUUGUUAAAAUAGUAUAUAAGCUUAGAAGCCUAAUAGUCUGGGGGGAGUUUUUAACUUCUUUUCUGUGCAACUCCAUGGAAGUAAAGUUAAAAAUAUCAAUUAAAUUUAUAUGCUGUCUUUUAUCAACUUAAUUCAUAGCCCCCAGUUACAGACCUAAGAAGGCAGAGGAAAAGUUUUCUCUCCCCUACAAAAAUAAGACUUUAAUACAUUGUUUUUCCACAAGUAACCAGAGGCUCAAGUAACAGCAGAAGAAUCUAGGGGUGAAGUGAUUGUACAAAAUGUCAUAGUGUAAUUUGUUGAGUGUCAUGUGGUAUUAAUAGCAACAUCCUGAAAAUGCAAAUGAGUAAAAAUUUGGUCAGUGUACCAUGACAUUUGUUCAUGUGAGCCUUCGAAGAAAAGGUCACUGAGCAUUUUCUGUUUACAUUUUAAUUUUAGGCUCCAGGGUUUCACACCAACUUUUUCUCAUUUUUUUUACUCUGCAGUGAAAAACAGUCUAUGUAUUUCCACUGUGUAUUGUUUCUCAGUUCUCUAAAUGUUUGUUUUCUUUAGAAGUUUGUUUCAAAAAGGGAGAAGGUUUAACAUGGGCAAUGGGGGUGGACCAGAAAUAAUAGAAGAAAAUUUAGACAAAUAUAAAACAUGAAAAAAAUUUCCUUUCAGAAAAAUGUAAGAGAGAAGACCCCAGAACUUACCUUGCAUCAGACGUGUUGAAUUCUCUCUUAGUUGAUCUCCUGAGAUGACUGCCCACUUCUCUCUUUCUCUCCAUCUUUUACAUGGUACAUUCACCUGAGACCUCUUCUUACAGUAAAUCUAAGGGCAAGAGCUUCAGUGAUAGCUGUUUCUCCUUGGGAGAUCCCUGGUUUAAUAUGAAUAGCUAUUUUGAGAAACUGAUAUUUUCAACCUUUUUUUUUUUUAAAAAAAGUCAAGAGUUCUUGAUAGAAGGUGGUCAUAUAAAAUAUUAUCUUUUUCUUCUCCAGUCAUUCAUUCAUUUUGAGGGGCGUUUUCUUCUGGUUUUGAGUUCAGUGUUUUCAUCACCCCUCUGCUUCCAAUAGCACUUGACAGUGCUGGUUUCUUCUAAUCCCAGACUUCCCCAAGAAUAGUAGUGGAACAAGAAUAGACAAAGUUAAUUUACAUUUUAUUUUGCUGGUUGACUACUUUUCACAGAAAUGAAUUAAGUUACACAUAAUAAACUGUUGGAAGAUAGCUUUGAAACUGUCUAAUUGUUGAGUAUUCCUAGACUGGAUCUCUGCUGUGGGACAGGCAACAGUGCCCGUAGUUCACAGAGGAGAAACACCGGGGCAUUGGCCGGUUUGCCUCAGACACGAUGGUUAGUUUAACUGGGACAAGAACCACCAUCUGAUAUGCAGGCAGAUCCCUUACCUCACAGAUGAGUAAGGCAAACCUACCAAAGAGUUCCUCUCAGGGGAAUUCCCUGGUGGUACAGGAGCUAAGACUCCACAUUUUCACUACCAAGGACCCAGAGUUCAGUGCCGGAUCAGGGAGCUGAGAUCCCACAAGCUGUGCAGUGUGGCCAAAAAAAAAAAGAAUUCCUCCCAGGCUUAGAAUACCAAAGAGAAGACUAGGUUGCCAGAAUCAGGAUAGAAAAUAAGAGGUCUAUAAAAAAAGAUAAUGCUUUGAUGUUUACAGUGUUUAUACUUAAGGGUGAAACCCAAAUUAAUAUUUGUUUUGGAUUGAAAAAAAUAUGAGAAACAUAUAAUGUGAAGGGACUAUAGUAAGUCAUGUUUAAUUGUCAAAAUGCUAGUUAAUUAUCCUAAAGCUAUUUUUUAUUUUAAGCAAAGCCAAGAGAGGUUAAAUAGCAAUUUUGAAAGACUGUAACAAAUGAUAAGGGAAAAGUUAGAAUGUACCAAGACCUGCUCUUUGAAUUACUAUUACAGGCACACCUCAGAGAUACUCUGUGUGUGUUCCAGACCACUACAAUAAAUUGAAUAUUACGAUAAAAUGAGUCAUACUUAAUAUUUCAGUUCCCUAGUACAUAUAAAUGUUGUUUACACUAAAAUGUAGUCUGUUAAGUAUGCUAAAUAGCAUUAUGUCUAAAAAGAUGUACACACCUUCAUUUAAUAUUACCAAAAGAAUCUCUAACCAUCAUCUUCACAUUUAGCGAGUCAUAAUCUUUUUGCAGUAAUAACAUGCAGGAUCACAGAUCACCAUAAUAAACAGAACAGUAAUGAAAACAGUAUGAAAUAUUAUAACAGUUACUAAAGUGUAGCACAGAGAUAAAGUGAGCAAAUGCUGUUGGAAAAGUGACACUAAUGGACGCUAGGUUGCCACAAACCUUCAGUUUGUUAAAAAGUAGGAACCAUAAAGAUGCAGUAUCCUUGGUGCACUGUUCCAUAGCCUUUGUCACAAAUCAAAUAAUUGUUUAUGUGUGGGUCUGUUUCUGAAAUAGUUUCAUUGGUCUAUUUUUCUUUUCUUGUGCCAGCAUUUCACUGCUUUAAUUACUGCACUAUGUUAAAUCUUGACGUCUGGUUGUGUAUUCUCCCUUAGCUCUAUUCUUCAAGAUAUUGGCCACUCUUUAGUUAUCUGUUUUAUAGAUAAUAUAUAUAUUUAUGUCGAUUCCAAUCUCGCAAUUGAAAAUCCAUAAAAGAGGGGAUAUGUAUAUAUAUGGCUGAUUCAUUUAGCUGUACAGCAGAAAGUAACACAGCAUUGUAAAGCAAUAAUACACCAAUAAAAAAAUUUUUUUAGGCUAUUGACCACUCUUAAUCUCUGUAUACACUUUAAAAUCAUCUUGUCAAUUCUAAAAAAGAAAAAAAAAACUUGCUUGAGUUUUUAUUGAGAUUACAUUGAUUCUAUAGACCAAUUGGGAGGAAAGCUGACAUCUUUAUCAUCUAGGAAUGAGUCAUCUCUUUCCGUUUACUUAAGCCUUCUUUAAUGUCAGUAAUGUUUUGUAAGUUUUCUAGAUUAAGGUUCUGGCCAUCUUUUGUUAAAUUUAUUUAUAUUUGAUUUUUUAUACUGUAAAUGGUACUUUAAAACCUACGUUUUAUCAUUGUUACUGGUAUAUAGAAAUACAGUUUAUUUCUUGUAUGAUAUGUAACAAUCUUGCUGAAUUCACUUAUGUCUUAUAGUUUGACUGUAGAUUAUUUUGAAUUAUCUACAUAUAUAAUCAUGUCGCCUAUAUAAAUAAUGGUAGUUUUAUUUCUUCUCCAAUCAUUGUACUUCUUAUUUCCCUUUCAAUCUCUGUGCCUUAUUGACCUCUUGGAGACUUCGAGUAUAGUGUUGAAUGGAGGCAAUCAAAGUGAGUAUCUGUGUCUCCUCCCAGUCUUAGAAACAAAGCUUUCAGUGUUUAACCAUUAAGUAUAGUGUUUGCCAUAGGUCUUUGUAACACUCAGAUUUUAAGAGUUUCCUUCUAUCCCUAGUUUGCCAAGUGUGUUUCUUUUUAACAUGAAUAGAUGUUGAAAUCUCACAAAUACUUUUUCUGUAUCCAUCAACAUGAUUAUGUGCUUUUUCUCCUUUAUUGGAUUAAUGUGGUGAAUUGCACUGGUUUAUUUUUCUAUUGAUUUUUUUUUUUUCUUCAGGUCAUGGGCCAAAAUUAUUAUUCUUCAGGUGCCUAAUAACUUUAGUUAAAUACUAGAAAUUACAAAUGCUAUGUUUUUCAAUGUUUAGAUUUUGUUGUCUUCCUAUAAAGACUGUUGAAGUCUGUUUUAGCAGGCAGUUAAUUGUGGGUAUUAGCUUGAUUUUUGUGUUUUUUGUUUUGUUUUGGUUUUGGGAGAUGGGGCACAAUACACGUCCUACAGGAUUUUAGUUACCUGACUGAGGAUCGAACCCUCACCCCCAGCAGUGGAAGUGUGGAGUCUAAACCACUGGUCCGUCAGGGAGGUCCCUAGGUUGAUUUUUUUUUGUUUUUGGUUUUA